AACGAAAGAUACCCUUUACCUGUCGCCUCAAAUAUAUCACUGCUACAUUAAUAGCCAUGGUAGAUCCCCUCUUCUUCUUCUUCUUCUUCUGUGUUGCGUCGCUCGCGUUGCGUGCCACGGCUAGCUAAGGAUACAGUAAUGAUUGAUCAUAGAGGUUGACACAUUGACACGGGGCGAGCAUCGGUGACUGUUUUCUCCACGGCCAGAACACAUCAUAUGACAAUUCAAAAGAGUGAACUUCUCUGCCUGCCUCCAGUUGCAUAGCUCGAUCAGACACAGACAGAGCUGCUCUCUUUUGGUGGGGAAGGCGCAGGAGCAGGAACGACAUCCAUCUCACUGGGACAAAAUCUAUAUCAAUGUCUGGCUGCUACCAAUACCAUAUAUUAGUUAUUUGUUCGGCAACCCUUACCAAUUAUUCAAAGCAAUCAAUAAUUAAUUACCGUCAUAACUCACGUUCAAGCCUCAUUCUUAAGACACUCAUUAAAGAGCUUGUUUUAGCGUGUUAGACCGCCAUCUCCUUUCCUAGGCAUUCCCAAUACUUGUCAAGCGAGAGCUGUUUUUUUCUUCAACCGAUUGGUUAGGUCGGCUACUUUUUCUCUGUCCAUGGCCGGAGUCGGAAGUCACAUACAUAUCGAAGUGGAGGAAUCUAGCGUCCCACCCGAAAACGCCCCUUUCCUCAAGAACCGAGAAUCAAUUCCUGCGGAUGAUCAUCGAGAAGAGGAAAGCCUUUUAGAUAAAACCCUUCAACGAUUAGAUCUUUUUCUUUCUUUCUUGGGAUUCAACCAGUCCUCUGUGUGGAAGUUCUUUGUUUCCUCGGGAGCUUUUCUGGUCAUAGGGGUUUUGCUCCCGGUGGUCAUAUUGGAGCUCUCUAAUUGCCAAGGCUGUGAAAAGGGACAAAUCAGGAGUUUUGAGAUCGGUAUGGUGGUUUCUCAGGCUUGUUUGGCUGCCGCAUCUUUGUUAUGCCUUUCCCACAACCUGAGAAAAUAUGGCGUGAGGAAGUUUCUGUUCGUUGAUCGGUACAGUGGACAUGCGGACAAGUUCAGUGGCCAUUACCUACGGAAGAUUUCGGAAUCAAUGCGCUUGGUAGUGGUAUGGGUGUUGCCAUGUUGCCUUUUGAAGACUGUCCGUGAAAUCAUCAGAAUUAUGUAUGUUCAUCACGAGUCAUGGUGGCAAUCCGCCAUAAUUUUGUGUGGUUUUGUGUUCUCAUGGACAUACGUGACAACUAUCAUUCUUUCAGCCAGUGCCAUCUUCCAUGCUGUUUGCAGUUUGCAAAUUUUACAUUUUGAGGACUAUGGGAAGCUUUUGGAAACAGAAACUGAUGCCAUAGUAUUGCUGCAAGAGCAUGCUCGCCUCCGCUAUUACCUCUCCAAAAUAAGCCACAGAUUUCGAAUAUAUCUUCUUUUACAGUUUUUUAUAGUCACUAUCAGCCAGUUUGUGAUUCUAUUCCAGAUCACUGGAUAUAAUGGAAUGAUUACUUUGAUCAAUGGGGGUGAUUAUGCUGUGACCUCAAUUGUUCAGGUGGUGGGCAUAAUCCUCUGCUUGAAUGCUUCUGCAAAAAUAUCCCAUAGAGCCCAAGGGAUUGGAGCAAUGGCAUGUAGAUGGCAUGCUUUGGUUACAUGCAGUACAUCUGAUGGAUCUCUGUUUAGAACUUGCAGCAGCGUCGUCGUGAAUUCAGAGGCACCACAUCAUAAUAAGCUCCACAUUGACAGCUCAGAGAGCGAUUUGGAGUCGUUGGAUUUCAUGACUGGGACAACAAACACCCAGUUGGCAUCGUAUAUGUCAUCAUACCACAAGAGAUUGGCUCUAGUGAUGUAUCUGCAGGCCAAUCCUGGGGGAAUCACAAUAUUUGGGUGGACUGUUGACAGAGGGUUGAUCAACACAAUAUUUUUCAUUGAACUGACGCUGCUUACAGUUGUGUUGGGUAAGACCAUCGUUGCUUGAUCACGAUGUGGUGUGGAGUCGGUAGUAAGCAAGCGUACAUAGCAUAGCAUCGCAUCGCAUCGCAUACAAUGAGGGGGGUGUUGACAGUUGUUAGUAAUUAAUAGGGCAGUGGUGACAGGAGUUUGUAUGGUGGUACGCAAUCUUUGCCAUAUAUUAGUGUGUAUUUUUGGAUGAGUUUGUUGAAAGUGAUGAUUUUGUGCUGAUUUAGGGUGAUUGAUUGAUAUUUAUUGUGGGGGAUUAAGACAGUUUUCUUAGCCUUAGGUACACUGAGAGCAGUUAGGACAGCAAGCUGAAUUUGUAAAUUGGGGAUUGGUGAAUCUAAUCACAACUAUUUGAUUUAGAUCCA